UUACAUUUGGUCUCGUGACUCGAACAGAAGCAAGCAUGUCUGGACGCGGUAAAUCCAACAAGGCGAGGGCUAAGGCCAGAACUCGAUCUUCCCGUGCCGGUCUCCAGUUUCCGGUCGGUCGUGUCCACAGGCUCCUCCGCAAAGGCAACUACGCCCAGCGCGUCGGCGGCGGCUCCUCCGUGUACCUGGCGGCGGUGCUCGAGUACCUGACCGCCGAGAUCCUGGAGCUGGCCGGCAACGCCGCCCGCGACAACAAGAAGACCAGAAUCAUCCCCCGUCACCUGCAGCUGGCGGUCCGCAACGACGAGGAGCUCAACAAGCUCCUGGGCGGCGUGACCAUCGCUCAGGGCGGCGUGUUGCCCAACAUCCAGGCCGUCCUGCUGCCGAAGAAGACCGAGAAGGCUAACAAGCCCAAGUAAACUGCUUCAGUUUACUGCAGCUGAUCCCCACAAAGGCUCUUUUAAGAGCCAC